AGUUAGUGGUUCACUCAACCUCAACCGGUACCCGUAUGUUUAGUUUCAGUUGAUGUCAGUUUUUGGUUCGGUGUUAACGCAUCCUCCGACAAUUGAUUAAUUCCACGAAACAUUACAUCCACGGAUAUUGAUAACUGCGAUAUGUUAUAUUGCAGUCGCGUGUGCUAGUGCUGGUGAUUAAAAUAAUAGUUAAAAAAUGUUUAAAAGACAGAAACCGAAAAGUAGUUGUCCUACUGCACAAAACGGCGAAUCUCAACUCUCCCAAAUGGAGAAUAAUGUUCCCGUCAAUCCCGUGUCCAAAAACAAUUUGCAAUUUUAUUGUCAGUUGGCUCACGGUAGUCCGACAGCUUUUGUAUCCGGAUUUUCUAAUGUUAAGGAGUUAUACGACAAAAUUGGAGAAUGUUUCGAUAUACCACCUUCAGAGAUACUAUUUUGUACACUAAAUACAUACAAAGUGGAUAUGAAAAAACUUUUGGGUGGCCAAAUAGGGUUAGAAGACUUUAUAUUUGCACAUAGGAAAGGUCGACCCAAAGAAGUGGAAUUAACGAAAUCGGAAGACGCUUUAGGACUUACAAUUACGGACAACGGAGCCGGAUAUGCAUUUAUAAAACGAAUAAAAGACGGAUCCGUCGUAUCUAAUAUUCCCCAUAUACAGGUAGGGGACCACAUAGAAAAAUUAGACGGUGAAAAUAUGAUUGGGAAGCGCCAUUUCGAAGUAGCAAAAGCUCUAAAAGAAAUUCCAAAAGGAGCCACGUUUACAAUUCGACUGGUUGAAUCAAUGAAAAGUGGAUUCACGAAUAUAGCUCCAAAAAUGGGUAAAGUCAAUGGAAGUAAGAAAGGAUAUGGAAGUGGCAAAGAAACUUUAAGGUUCAAAGCAGGUGGUAAAGCAGAAAUACAAGAACAGGAUUGUGUGAUGGACGCAGGAGUUGAGAAAAUAAAUAACAUUCUAGAAUCAUUCAUGGGUAUCAACGAUUCUGAGUUGGCAACGCAAAUUUGGGAACUAUCAGUAGGCAAACAAAAUUCAAUGGAUUUUGCCGAAUCGAUUGAUGACUCCGACCUUGCUGCAUUCGAAUUCACUGAUGAAAUUAUCAUAGAGCUUUGGGGAGCAAUCACUGAUGCAAGACAUGGAAGAUUGAAGUGAGACAUGUGCCAGGAACAAUAUUUGUACUGCAAUUCGAAAAGUAUCAUAACUUAGAUUAGUCAACAAACGAAUUAAUUAAUGCUUUUUAUUGUUGAUUGUUGACCAACCCAGAGCAAUAACGUAAUUUUCACAAAUUAUAAUUGGAACAUAUAACAGAUCGUAAUUGUCUUUUUGUUAAUAUAUUGUAAGUCGCUUUCAAUUUUGGGGUAAAAAAAAUCAUUUUCUAAAUAAACGAUACUACAAUGGAA